GGUUUCAGUUGCUAACAAACCUUGCUAAGGAGCGGAUCUCUAGUGCUCAAAGUUUUUUUUAUUUGAGUUCUUAUCGUCUAGAGAAAUCUAUUUACCCUACAAAGAUGCUGUUGGUUCUUUUACCAUUGAUGAGCUGCUUGCUGGCUGUCCAAGCUGGUUCGCUGGAGGAGGUGUUCAGAACUCAUCAGGUGGUUCCCGAUGUCAUUUCCGAGCCGCCAAACCAGUUGUUAAAGGUCACGUACAGCAACGGCCUGGUGGCCAAGGAUGGAGUGGAGCUCACACCCACUCAGGUUAAGGACCAACCGACUGUGGAGUGGGAUGCCCAGCCAGGCGAGUUCUACACCCUCAUCAUGACUGACCCCGAUGCACCCAGUCGGACGGAGCCCACGUUCCGCGAGUUUAAGCACUGGGUGCUGGUCAAUAUCGCCGGUAAUGAUUUGGCCAGCGGUGAGCCGAUCGCCGAGUACGUUGGCUCCGGUCCUCCCCAGGGAACGGGUCUGCAUCGCUACGUCUUCCUGCUGUACAAACAGUCCGGCAAACUUGAGUUCGACGAGGAGCGCGUAAGCAAUAAAUCCCGAAAGAAUCGGCCGAAAUUCAGUGCCUCCAAGUUCGCCACCAAACAUCAGCUGGGAAGUCCCAUCGCCGGAACUUUUUACCAAGCCCAGUACGAUGACUAUGUACCCAAAUUGCACAAGCAACUUUCGGCAAAUUAAAUGGUUUACUAGCCAUUUGCAGACUAUUAUAAAAUGUAAAACAAAUUAAAUAAAGUAUUUUUUUUAACCACAGAAAACAUACAAAACAGACAGAACAACAAUUAAAAUAAGAAAUUGUAUUUUUAAAGGCUUAGUAAAGGAACUUAAAAACCUUAUACCUUUUAACUACAGCUGUCUUUCCACUGCACAAAAUACUUUAAAACACAAAGUUUUCACAUGAUGGAUCUCCGCAAUUGGAAGUUCUCUACUAUAAAUACUAUUUUAUAUACCGAUACACACUUUUUAGGUUUAUCAGAUUUGUAUCUAGUAAUGAAUUUCAAUUAAAAACAUUUAAACAGUU